CAGUGAUGAACCUGGACCCUCAGACACAAAAGAGAGGAAGAGGAGUCAUGUAAAGAAGCAGGCAGCCAGGAGGACCACCGCUGUACAAAUGAGUGGUGGUCUGCAGGAGGUUUUAGAUGAACAUAAGAUCAGUCUGAAGACCAGAUGUGAACGUGUGACUGAAGGAAGUGAUGAAACAGGAAGUGGAACCCUCCUCAACAGGAUCUACACUGAGCUCUACAUCACAGAGGGACAGAGUGAAGAGGUUCAUACCCAACAUGAGGUGAGGCAGCUUGAGACAGCUUCCAAGAAGAAGGAGACCCUCCAUGACACUCCCAUCAAAUGCCACGACAUCUUUAAAGCCUUACCUGACCAACAGAGACACAUCAGAGUCGCUCUGACCAACGGCGUCGCUGGCGUUGGAAAAACCUUCUCAGUGCUGAAGUUCACUCUGGACUGGGCAGAGGGCUCGGAGAACCAAGAUGUCAGUCUGGUGGUUCUGCUCUCGUUCAGGGAGCUGAACUUGAUCAAAGAUGAGCGGUUCAGUCUUCUCACGCUGCUCCAUGUUUUCCAUCCAACAUUACAGAAGGUCACAGCAGAGAAGCUCGCUGUCUGUAAACUUCUGUUCAUCUUUGACGGCCUGGAUGAAAGCAGACUUUCACUGGAUUUCAACAACAAAGAGCUCGUGUCUGAUGUCACACAGGAGUCAUCAGUCAGCGUGCUGUUGACAAGCCUCAUCAAGGGGAAUCUGCUUCCCUCGGCUCUCAUCUGGAUAACUUCCAGACCUGCAGCAGCCAAUCAGAUCCCUCCUUCAUGUGUUGACAGGGUAACAGAAGUACGAGGCUUCACUGACGCUCAGAAGGAGGAGUACUUCAGGAGGAGAGUCAGUGAUGAAGAUCUGUCCAGCAGAAUCAUCUCACACAUCAAGACCUCCAGGAGCCUCCACAUCAUGUGUCUGAUCCCAGUCUUCUGCUGGAUCACUGCUACAGUUCUGGACCACAUGUUGACCACAGACCAGAGAGGAGAGCUGCCCAAGACCCUGACUGACCUGUACUCACACUUCCUGCUGGUUCAGACAAAGAGGAAGAAGAAGAAGUACGAUGAAGGACAUGAGACGAGUCCACAGGAGCUGACGGAGGCUGACAGGGAAGUUCUUCUGAAGCUGGGGAGGCUGGCGUUUGAACAGCUGGAGAAAGGAAACAUCAUGUUCUACCAAGAAGACCUGGAGCAGUGUGGUCUGGAUGUCACAGAGGCCUCGGUGUACUCAGGAGUUUGUACACAGAUCUUCAAAAGAGAGAGUGUGAUCUUCCAGAAAACAGUCUACUGCUUUGUUCAUCUGAGCGUUCAGGAGUUUCUGGCUGCAGUCUACCUGUUCCACUGUUACACCAACAACAAGACAGAGGUACUGACGGCAUUUCUUGGAAAACUGUGGGGGAAUGAAAACAGCACUUUGUCUCUGGAUGUGUUCCUGUGGAAAGCCAUGAAGAAAUCCUUUGAAAGUAAAAAUGGUCACCUGGACCUGUUUGUUCGCUUCCUUCAUGGCCUCUCUCUGGAGUCCAACCAGAGACUCUUAGGAGGCCUGCUGGGUCAGACAGACAACAGUCCAGAAAUCAUCCAGAGAGCCAUCAACAACCUGAAGAAGAUGAACAGUGAUGAUAUCUCUCCUGACAGAAGCAUCAACAUGGUCCACUGUCUGAUGGAGAUGAACGAUGACUCAGUCCAUCAGGAGAUCCAAGAGUUCCUGAAGUCAGAGAACAGAUCAAAAAUGAAACUCUCUGUGUUUCACUGCUCAGCUCUGGCCUACAUGCUGCAGAUGUCAGAGGAGGUUCUGGAUGAGUUUGACCUGCAGAAGUACAACACAUCAGACCAGGGACGAUGGAGACUGAUUCCAGCUGUGAGGAACUGCAGACAGGCUGAAUUGAGGAACUGCAGUUUGUCCAAGAUCAGCUGUGCUUCUCUGGCCUCAGCUCUGAAGUCCAACCCCUCCCAUCUGAUACACCUGAACGUGAACUACAACGACCUGAAGGAUUCAGGAGUGAAGCUGCUGUGUGAUUUUCUGAAGAGUCCACACUGCAGACUGAAGACUCUGAGCUUGUUGGGCUGCAGUUUGUCAGAGAUCAGCUGUGCUUCUCUGGCCUCAGCUCUGAAGUCCAACCCCUCACAUCUGACACAGCUGGACCUGAGUAACAACAAGCUGUAUGAUUCAGGAGUGAAGCUGCUAUGUGAUUUUCUGCAGAGUCCACACUGCAGACUGAAGGCUCUGAGAUUGAGGGGCUGCAGGUUAUCGAAGAUCAGCUGUGCUUCUCUGGCCUCAGCUCUGAAGUCCAACCCCUCCCAUCUGACAGAGCUGGACCUGAAAUACAACAACCUGAAGGAUUCAGAAGUGAAGCCUCUGUCUGAUCUUGUGAAGAGUCCACACUGCAGUCUGGUUCUAUUGAUGAACAAUUAAAACUAAGGAGGCUAACCCUCGUCAAACACUGUCAGCUGAGGUUAGGUUUGGAGUUACUGACAUAUUUUUCACGGACACGCAGAGACUGGCUCAUCACAAUAACCGUGAUGUUAUUAAACUAUAAACUUGGUUGACUUUCCAAAAGUCUUCAGCUAUGUAACCCAUGCACACACGUUUCAUUCAUUACCACCUGUCUGUUGGAGGCAUGUCUUAUACAUCACUGUGGCGCUUGUAAAUAGAUUUUAUUUUAUACAUAUGCUAGGGAUGUGCGAUAUAUCGUCGUUUACGAUAUAUCGUCAAAAACAUUCCCCACACUAAGAAUAUAUCAUCCCACGAUAAAAACGAUGACGUAUGCACGGCACACUCGCAGCCCAACACGCAUAUUGACAAACAUGACACCGGGCAGCGAGGAGCUCUUUCCUCACAGCGAGGAGCUCUUUCCUCACAGCGAGGAGCUCU